CUUUACGACUCUCUCGUUUUUCCUUUUUUCGGAUUCUCUUUGUAACGAAUAGCUGCUGGCCACCCUUCUUUUCACCAACCCCAAAAAAAGCUGAGGCCAUACUCUGAUAACAUUUAAAUGAACCGCGACUAAAUUGCAUAAAAUUGUUCCUCGUGGCAAAUGGGGUUGUUUCUGGGUUCCCCAGUUUCACUCUUAUACCCAACUUUAUCUUUUUCUCUCUUGCGUUUUCCUACCACCUAUGUACGCCCCGGGGUAAAGAGGAGAGUCGGGUUCGUGCGGAAUGAGAAGAAAAGAAGAAAAAAGAAAAAAAGUUGAAAGCCAAGGACCAAUAAUCGCUACUUUGAGACUGGCUUUCGAAACUCUUUUAAUAAAUUAAAGAGAACGAAGGUCCGCGGAGGAUGAGGCAGUUCGUUAACUCUAAAGACAACGGUAAUAGCCGCCUACCGGGAUAGCAGGCCGAAUCGGUACCAUCGCCAAUUUACGUCGCGUUGGAAGGAAUUCAGAAACGGAAGCGCUCGUACGCGUCAUAUAAUCAAUUAUUAUUGAAAUAACACGCUCUUCAUCCCAGGUUACAACAAAUCGAACAUCUGAUUAAUAAGAGGGUCGCUAAUCUUUCCCAUGAGUUUACCGUCAUUAAUAAUAAACCCGAACGCCCAAAGUUAGAACCUCGUCGGUUUGGCUAUACUUACUUGGAUCAGUGCGAAUCGAUAACGAAGUACCCGAGUUAACUUUUAUAAAUUAUGGAUCGAAUCCUUCGUGGGAUAGGAUCGCGACCGAUCUUUGAUUUGUUUGCAUUUUAAUUAGGAAAGUUUUGCGUAUGAAACCCUGUAAUAUCUCAACGAGUUUAGCGAACCGCUCGAUUAAUAUAUCAUAAUUCUUGGAACACCUGAAUUCGCGAUUUUAGUUUUGGGUUCGAACAACGAUCGGCGUAUCGAUCACCGGUCAAUUUUCGUUGUAACAAUUUUGUAAAAUUCCCGAUAAUAAAAUUAACCGUUAAAUCCACAGUCGCUUUUUCAUUCAAAAUUCUCGAAUCAAAAUUUUUCGUGUAAAAAGACAGAAAUGAAGGAAAUAUUUCAUCGAACGCUGGUGAAUAUGCGAAUACCCAAGAAGAAGCUUUUCUGCAUGACGCAUCCGCAAAAGGUGUUCGUCGGCGGAUUCCUCCUCGGUUAUUUGCUGGUCAAAGAUUUUCAGAGUCCGGUACGUAAGCGGAAAUCUAAAUCGCGCGGAGACACGUCCGGGUUGUUGAAGGCGCCGUUCGCACCUUUACCUUAUCGAUAUCCCUGCAGUGAAAAUCCUCGGGAUUCCUAUGAUCUGAUGUUGAAUCACGCAACUUUGGCGCACGCCGCGACAAAUCCACCGAUUAUCGACCACCGAGGAUAUGAAGAGCCCACAAAACUCAGCGCUAUUCAUUACGACUACGAAAUAUCGAUAAACGAUCAAUGUGAAAUGUAACAAACAAGUAUACCGACCUAAUAAGACCGUUCAAAAAAUUUUACUCCAAGUUCAAAAGUCGAAGAGAGAGAAAGCCGGAUCGGAAGACUCAUGGAUUUUUCCAUUAUCUCGAUUUUCUUCUUCACAUCGCAACUUGCAAUAGAUAUUCCAAUAUCGGGAAGGCAUUCCAAUUUUUUUUUCCAGUCAUCCGGGUGCUUUUCUGGAGCGAAUACUCCCCUGCGAUAAUUAUUACCGCAAGCUUCCCCUCUUCGCGGCAACGGAAAGCUUUUUCAUUUUUAUUUUUUCGAAUCUUUUGAUUUUUAUGUAUAUUUUUUUUUUUAAUACUCCACUUGGGGUGAGUAAGUCAUACAUAGAUAUAGAUUUAUGUACAUACAUAGCGUAUAUUUUUUUCAUGGUAUCGAGGGACGAGUGGAGUUUCGAUGGGGAGGAAAUGGAUGGUUGUAGUUUAAAAGUUAUUUUUAUUCUAGACAUUUUUUUAUUUUAUUUUAUAUCUUAUGCUUUUGUUUCGUCCCUCGGAAUGGCAUCACUUUGAUACCAAGGGUGGAGGUGAAUAGAAGUGAGACAAGCGUCAUUCGUUCUAACCUGUAGAUGGUAUAUAUUUCGUUCCUUGACUGUUUCGUAUACAGCCAUCAUCCAGAAUCCCUCGGGAUUCACCGUUCCUAUAAUAAAGUAUGAAGAUAUUGCUUUAAAGCUUUUUAUCCAAACGUGGGUAAAACCUCCUCCGCCGUAUACCAUUCUCCCCCAAAGCAGACGACGAAUGAUUUUUCAACGACGACCUGCUGCUAGCCUUUAGCCUUCUUGAAAAAUAGCUGCUUCUAUAGAUAGACGCCCGUUACCUAGCUAUACCUGUAUAACGAUAAGAUUUCGUUGAAGGUAACGAGAAUAUCGGUAAAUUUUAUAAAAGCUAUGAAGAAAAAACGUAAUUGAUACGGUUUUACAUCACUGUUCAAAUUGUAGUUUACAAUUCUAUUUAGCUUGUUAGCCUAGAAAAUUAUAUUUGAACGUGAUAUAGAUCGGUCUGAACUUCAGUUUACGUUUCUACUUUUUACUCCUUCAUUUUUUGUUUGACAUUUUUUUAUCCUUUUACUCAGGAGACAAUAUGGAUGAUGUUUCUAGAUAUUUGCUAUAGCGAAGAGGUGGGUAUGCUAUAAGAGUAUAUAUUAUUUGUAGUCAGACCCAAGAGGUGAACCUGCUUCCGACAGUUAAUGCGAUAGAAAAAUAUCGAAGAAUUCCUCUCUAUACGAAAUUCAGUCCCUUGUGCUCUUCGAAUAGUGCAGCAAAGCACAAAAGGAUAAAUUAAUGGACAAAAAAAAAUAAAUAACAAAUAAAAGGAGUAACCGAAUGAACGAGUUGAGUUAUUAUGGAAAAUGGAAGGGGUGGUUUCAGAGAAAAAUGUAAUAAAAUUCUAGAUAUUUGAUUCCA